GGAAGAAGGAAAUGCAGACAGCAUCGACUUCGGGAAGUUUCUGACAGGGGGUGGCAUUCCUGCUGAGGGAUCAUUCCAUAACACACCAGGUAAAAGAGCUCUGUAAAUAUUUAACUAAUUGCUGUUGGAGUAGACAGGUUAAAUAACCAGCUCAUAGAGUUAAAGUCGGGGUUUCUGCGCUGGUUUCCUCUGUCUUGACACAGAUUUUGGAGUCUAUACUUGUCCAUACUUAAGCGUUACACGUUGAAAGAUGAUAUACUAUGUGUGCUACAUGGACAUUUUUUCUGCUUUAUUUUCGAUGUACGUUGGUCAAUCCGUGUUUUGUUAUAAUCGUCAGGCUUUUAUUUUGAAAGCAGCGGACGGAGGCGUACCAUUUUCCGCAUUGUAACUGAAAGUCCGCCAACUGCAGAAAGAUGGAGUGUCAGUGUGAGAACAACUCAACAGAUGCUGCAGCAGGUGAGACUAAGUCCUAAGUUUGACACUUAGUAAGAGAAUUGCACUUUUACUUAACCUUCAUCUUUCUAUGUCUUCAUGUUUGAAAAAAAAAUAACACCUAACGCAAAGUUAAUGCUCAGUAACUUCAAAUAAGCGCCCGAAUAUUUUUCCAUUUCUUACGUUUUCAAAAUAAAAAACGUAGGUUCUCAAUGGAAGCUUUUAGCAGACUUGCAUCCAUACAUUUAAAGUAUUCCCAUUCUUCUGGACAGCAGUAAGUUUUAGCUGUUCUCUGGACAUUUUCAUUUUGCAUGUAUGAUUCCUACUUCUGUCCCCAGAGUUGGAAAAGCACAAGACAAAUACAUGGUGACAAGUCUGCUCUUUUGUUUUCUGGUUCCUCAUUAGACGAUCCUGACAUGAGAAAACAAGCUUUGUUAACUUAAGAAAAUUAGUCAAAUUUAUUUAACUUUCAUAGAGGUAAAAUCAACUUUCUUAUCUCAAGAAAAUGGGGGAAAAGUUGAGAUAAGAAUUAGAUUUGAAACAAGCACUCAAAGACACACAUUCUGGUUGAAACACCAGAGUUGUGCAGUUUAUUGUCCUGAAUGAAUGAAAAAUAAUGAAUCAAACUUGUUGUGAUGUUAGUCUGUUUGUGAAAAACUUUUAAUUAAAUGUAUUUUGAUGUUAAAUCUUGUUUUGCUUCCAAACACACAUUCACUCUUUCACACAAAGCUGUGCAUUCACAGACAGAGUUUCAAGGAUUGAGAGUAUUGGGUCUAAGGUUAAUCACAUGAUAAGUUGUGUGCAGACCUGCUGUGCUCUCAUGUUGUGUUUUCUCCCCUCCCUCCUCUCUUUAGGAUGGUGGAUGAAUGGAAGCAGCACCCAGAUGGGAGCUUUUACUGUCGUGGGGUAUCUUCUCUACAGAUUCUCACAGAGUCAGUCACCCACCAACACACAAUUUCAUGUUAAUUUGGAAAAACUGAUAGUAUCCACUGAUAGUAGUAGAAAUCACAUUGUUUUUCAUUGUUCUUCUAAGCUGCUUUAAUCCUUAAAAAAAGUUUUUUAAGUCUGUCGUGAAAAAAAACAAAUACAGAACAAAACAUCAUCUAAUGAGAUUUGCUAUCAAUAUUUAUGUAAAUACUGAGCUUUGCAGCAGAUGGUUAAACUUUAUUGGUGUAUUGUUAUUGAAAUUAGGGAAAGUUAGGGAAAUAAGCUUUUUCCUGGACUUGGUUUCCUGUAACAAGUGUUGUUUACAUGAGCCUGGGCAGGGAUGAGAAGUUUGUCCAGAGAGCAGUUUAGUAGAAAUAAAUCUUAAACAUCCUGUGAGGAACUUUCAGGUUGCAUCUAUUUUAGCAUCCCCUGUGGACAAAGCUGGCUGGUUUUGCUGAACUUGCCCAGUACACGAGGAAGUAAAAUUUUCAGAUGAUUUUUUAAAUUCUGAAUGAUUAAUGUGAAACUAAAAAAAAAUUUUAAAAAAACUUAUUUGGCAAAAAAACACCUUGAGUGACACCCGUCCUGCAGCAGAAAGGACAUGCAUGUAACAUAACUGCUUAGACAGAAUGAAUUACCUCUUAGAUUGGCAAGUGAGCUUUUGCAGGUCAUAGAGGCAUCAGUUUAAAUUCCAGUCUGUUAUGUAACCAACUUAUGUCUCCUCUCAGGAGCUGUAAAAAAAAAACUAUGUCUUUUCCUUUAUUGAAUCACUCCAAGAUGUGAUAUGUCUCUUUCAAGCAUAUGUAAGUUUUCCCCAUGCUUUGAAUUAGAUUGUAAAAACAAAGACUUCUUAAGGACACUUAUUAGAUGGAUUGAAUCAGGUAAGAUGGAAAUACAAAUAAUUUGGUGUCCUUUAAGGUGUUGCCCCUUUGACUGCUUGGGAUCUACAUCCAUCUCUAGCAUAUUUGUAAUUUUCAUGUCCAUAUUAUCAUUUGUGCUUAUGAAUACACUCUACACCUGAGUGGCAUGUUCAGUAUAAAAAACUUUAUUUCUUCUCUUGGAUUUAUAAGGUAAUUGUCUUUUAUCCUUUUAUCCCUGUGUUUUUAUUAUCCUGGUGCAAGGAUUAGGAGUACUUUCAGUGUGAGUCAAGAACAAACAUUCAUAUUUUAACUGCAGAAAGACUGCAGCCAUGAGGGUCCAAGACCACUUCUGAAUCAUGAAAAAAAUACACCUUUUACACCUUUAAUUAAAGCUGUAUACAUGUUUCUAGAUUACCAAGCAUGAGUGGUAAAACUUCAUGUACAGUAAAAAAGCCUUUGCAGAGCCUAGCCAAUAAGGGAUUGUUUGAUUGUGUAACCUUUGCAGUGAUUCAAAUUUGAAGCUGAGUAUAAAAACCAAGCAAACCAAAAUAACCCAUGGUACUGAAAGUUGUCUGUUUCCUCUACAGCACUCCCAGCUCUGAUCCGAUGGCCGAUACGUCUGUUCUGCUCUGUUACUGGUGAGUAUAGUUUAGGUAAACUUUGUGGAAUAAGAGAUGUCCAAAUGAUUGUCAGCCAAAACUCUAAUGUGUUUUUCCUUUUAGGUCUGUCGGCUCUUUGGGGCUGGGUGGGCCGCCUUAUAGGAACCUUACGUGGUACAAUAUAAACACUCAUUUGAAACUUGUAUGAAACAUACAUGGUUAACAUGCCACAUGUAAAUUAGCUGUUUAUUAAUUGUUCUUUUCUUGUCUUGUGUCUCAGUCAUCCAGAGCCUGUGUAAAUGGCUGUCUCGCGUGUGGAAGUUUUUCGUCAGUAAGUGCUGCCUGAGCUUGUGUUAAAUGUUGUUUACUCUUCACUGUCUGCUUCAGAUUGACUUUUAGCGAAGGUAAACAGGUCUGUUGGAGUUUACAGUUUGAGCUGGUGAGUUGGGGUAAUUAUAGGAAGUGACUCAGAGGCUCAAAAGACACAUGACAGCAAUGCAGUAUCUCAGGGGGACCAUGGCUUUUAUAGAGAUUAAUCUACAUAAUAAUUAUAGGUCUGUAAUUACAGUUAAACCAUCUGUCUAACAAUCUGCUCCUUCAUCAGAGUGUUCCUCAAGGCUCCAGUGGCUGGCCAACAUCAUCCAAAAAAUCACAGGUCAGUUUACCUUCUUUUCCCCUCAUUAAACUCAAAGUCCUCCAUCUUUUCUUCAUUGUCAUAUUCAAAAGUAAAAGAGGAUCUCAGCUUACUAAAAAGUCUUUACUGGUGUACCCAAUAUCAAAUUGCAGGGUCAAGUGAUGAUGAACUGAUGUCAAAGAUAGAUUCCAACAGUGAUCCAGGUCUGAGAGUGAUCCUCCUGGGACCCACUGGUGGAGUACAGACCCCCUUGAUGGAUACUUUGUUGGGGAACAGUGACAACAAGGAACCAGUUGAGGCUCUAAUGGAAAGCACAAAGAGAAAGAAAGUAAUAGAAGGAAUAGAGGUAACAGUGAUCAACACGCCAGACAUUUUGGGGUCUUCUUUGGGGAACAACGAGAGAGCCAGGGAAGCUCUGAGGAGCCUCCAACUCACCAGUCCUGGACCACACGCCCUCCUGCUCGUGAUUCAAGCACCAAGCUCGAGCACAGGGAUCAACCAAGAAGCGGCUCGGGCAGUCCAAGCUUCACGUGAACUGUUCGGAGAUGAGGCUGUGCAGUAUAUUCUCCCCUUGCUCACUCAUGCUAACAAUCAAAGUCGAAAACAGUCAGUAGAAAAACUGCUGGAUGCAGACGCUGGCAGUCUAAGGUGGGCUCUUUCUCUUUGUAACCAGAGGCCUGAGCUGGUGGACAGCAGGCCAGACUGCACCCUGGAGGAGCAGAGUGUGUCACGGAGAAAGCUAGUGAAGCGAGUGAUGGAGAUGAAGAUGCUGAAGGGGCAUUUUGUGCAUGAGCUGCAGAGAAAAGAAGACCAGAGGAGGGAGGAGCUGCUGGCUGACAUGACCUCUGCUCUAGCAAGAAAACUGGGAUACAUGUAAACACAGAGAUAGUGUUGCUGCUGAUGGUUGUUCAUUCAAGUGUUCAACCUGCAAUUUUAGCUUGAUUGUGGUGGUUAUUUUUUGCAUGAGGUAUUUUUGUCACCCUGCUGGUUUACCUCUGUCCAAUUGAGUUUACUGCUUCUGGCUGGCUUUUGGUUCUUCACAUGCCACGGGUGCUUUUGGUUAAAUAAGUUUCCAUCUCCCAUUUUAUGUUUUAUAAUAUAAAGAAAUGUUUUUUUAAGUCUAACUUUCUCCCUUAUGUUUUCUUCUCUCUGUCUCUUAGCUUAGCACUCUCCUAGCAUUCAUAAUUUAUAAGAGAUAUUAAAGUUUAAAGAUGAUCAGGGA